CGUUGAAAAAAUUCUGAGCGCUUGCUUGCUAAAAAAGCCUGCACCGAAAGCUAAUCGUGUAUCUUUACAACGAAUUGAUCAAGCUGAUCGCUGACCUAUAUGGCCAGGUGUAUGAGUCAGCUUUACGCACAUGUUAUCUUGUGGCAUGUUGUAAUUGUCACAUGACUAUAACCCGGAAUCUACGAUUUUUCAGUUGAGCAACUUCUAGGUGAACUGAAGCGAGUAGGAAUGGCCUUCAUGUCUGUGCUUUUUGCCAUUUCCAUCUUCGUUCUCCUUCCUAUCGUAGGCUUUCUCUCCUUCAGCGUGUACGUUUUUUAUCGACACUGGCGUUACCAGCAUAUCCCGGGUCCAACAAGGGAUGGUUUCUUCUCAGGCAAUAUACCGUUUAUUCAAAACGAAACAAGACGCGUUCCAGGGAGCGGUAUAAAUGCUUGUCAUUUUCAAUGGUAUCAGAAGUAUGGUCCACUGUUUGUUUUUUGGAUCUUUCAUGUACCGAUUGUAGUCAUUGUUGAUCCAGACAUGGCCAAGAAAGCCAUAAUCACGUUAAAUUUGCCAAAGGCAAGUCGUGUGUAUUCCAAAGCCGCCAGCGUGUUUGGGCAGCGUGUCGUGGGUCGCGGAAUUUUAACGGAGAUUGAUCAUGAAACCUGGCAUCGCAAACGAGCCAUGCUGAACCCAGCCUUUCACAGAAAGUAUUUGAUGAAUCUGAUGGAAUCCUUCAAUUCAGUUGGAGAGGAAUUUUUGGAGGAGCUCCGCAAAAAAGCUGAUGGGAAGACAUCAGUUAGAAUGGCAGAUGAAUUUGCAAAAGUUACCCUAGACAUCAUUGGAAAGGUUGGCUUUGGAAUCAACCUUGGCACUAUAGCUGACCCUAAUUCUAAAUUUCCCAGUGCAGUGUCCAAAACAUUGAAAGGAAUAGAAUCAAGCUUUCGAAAUUCAUUCUGGAGGCUGCAAUUUUCCAUGUUUCCCUUUCAAAACUCUGUUAUUAAGAGCAUUAAAUAUUUGCGAGCCUUUGCUGCUAAAGUUAUUGAAGAGCGUUGCUCUGCAGUAAGGGAUGGAGAGGACACACCCAAAGAUGUCCUGGAACACAUCCUUAGAGAAGCAAUGGAAAAUCCUCAUUUAGAUAUAGAGGACUUAGUGGAUAAUUUUUUGACAAUUUUUUUGGCAGGACAAGAGACAACUUCUAACCAGCUUUCAUUUACUUUAUAUGAGAUUCUUAAACAGCCUGAGAUUGAAAAACGGAUUUUAAAGGAGUUGGAAGAAAUCCUUGGCAGCCGCAAUGAUUUAGAGUUUGAAGACCUAAGUAAACUUGAAUACCUUGGCCAGGUACUGAAAGAAGGUUUGAGACUCCACCCUCCUGUUGCUAGCAUCCAGAGAAUGUUACCAAAGGGUGAUUCUUUUGGUGGCUACAAACUCCCCCCAAACACCAAUGUGACUGUGAGUUAUAUUGGAAUCCACAAGUCUUCCAAAUUUUGGGAAAACUCUGAUGUAUUUGAUCCAGACCGAUUUUCUCCAGUGCACAAAGAGAAUAUUUUACAGUUCAGUUAUUCACCAUUCUCUCUUGGACCAAGGUCGUGCAUAGGAAAAACAUUAGCUCAGGUUGAGGCUAAAGUCUUGAUGGCAAGAGUGCUACGUGAAUUUAAGUGUGAACUGCUGCCUGGGCAAACUGCAGCAGAAGAAGAAAAUGUGACCCUUAGGCCUAGAGAUGGAGUCAUAUGUACUCUAACCACAAGGAAAUAAUUGCACGUCUCAAGGGUACAACGCCUUGCCCCGGCCAUGACUAGAACGUGGGUUGUCUGACUUGGAGCCCAGUGCACUGACCACUGGACUACUGGACAAAGCCAUGGCAUUGGUGUGCCUGCAGUACAGUUGACCAUGCAUGUCAAAAGUAGCGCCUUGUAUACGGUCGUACAUCCAAAUUUUUUCG